UCUGCUGGAAACGACUCAAAAGAUCAAGGGAAUCACCACAGGCAACAGGGAGGGGAGCACCAGCAACAGGUGUCCAGCAAAAGAAGUUGUUUCUUAGGGCUGGAAACGAGGCCAGAGUUGGUCUGGGAGGACUGGGACCUUGGCAAAGAGCUCACCAAAACAUUAGUGUUAAAGAACAUUAAUAGCAAGCUGCAGAAGCUACACUUGAGGUCUCCAGUGUCCAAGUUUUUCACCACCUUAAUUCCGCCAACCAUUGUUCUCAGCCCGGGGACUUCUUUCUCCAUACCAGUCACCUUUAGACCACUACAGAGGUGUGAGUAUGAGGACAGCAUCGAGUUCAAAGGUGAAGAUGGCAGCUUUCAAGUACGCCUUCGUGCCACCAUUCCCUGCCACGCCCUGGAGGUGCCUGACUCUGUGCUGCUGCCAGUCUGUGCUGUUCAACACUCCACACAUACUACUUUCUGGCUCAAAAAUGCAAGUAAACUCCACACAUAUUUCCAGUGGAUGUGUGCAGCACCAUUCCAGCUGAGCCCUGAGAAAGGCCUGUUGAGGCCCAGCCAGGAGUGUCACAUCACUGUGGUCUUCCAUCCACAAGAGGCACUGGUAUACCAGGAACAGGUCUACUGCAUGUUUGGAGAAGAAGGGGACAAGGCAGAGAGUUGCUGCACUGUGCUGCUGCAGGGCCUAGCCAAAUACCCAUAUCUUCAGCUGAGAAAUCCAGGUACCAGUGAACAAAGAGAACAAGGAUGUCCAGCGCUCCACUUUGGGUCUGUGUCGGUUGGCAGGAGUUUGCAGAAACACUUUGACAUCUUCAACCCCUCUCCUGUAAGUGACGCAUCAUUCUCCUUGUCACAACUGUCCAGUGGGAUACCCUUUUUAGGGUCAGAGUUCAGCUGUGAUGUCACCAGGGGUAAAGUGGCACCUGGUGAAUCACAACGGGCCACAGUCACUUUUUCUCCUGCUGUGGUGGAUACUGUUUCUGUUGAGUACUUAUCUCUAAAAUGUAGUGGGGCUCUUAACGAAAGCAUGCUCAAACUCACUGGAACCUGUAUAGGUCCCAAAGUUUCCUUGUCAUCCUCUGUUGUGGACUUUGGCUGUACUGAAGAAGGAGGAGCAGUCAUACAGAGACUGAAGCUAGUUAAUUCUUCACCUGUUGAGGCUAUUUACCAAUGGGAUCUUGACUGUAAUGGGCACAGUGUGUUUAGCAUCCAGCCAGCAAGUGGUACCAUCCGCCCACAUGGCCAUACCACAUUGAAGGCAGUUUAUAGGCCCACACAGCCCAUUGCACACCACAGAAGAGUGGCAUGUCUCAUCCUGCAUAGGGGCCCUCUGUUCCUUGACCUGAUUGGUACCUGUCACUCAGAGCUCCAGAAACCAACCAUACUGACAGCUGAACACUUGAUUUUGUGCAAACUUCACUCUUACCGCAGGCAGCACCCACUAGACACGCUCGGUGUCGUGCAGCAAGAUCAGAAAGUACACUUGAACCAGCAGGGGAUGGCCUCCACCCUGGAGGAGCAGUCAAACCAACGAUCUGACAGUGCUGCUGUUGUGCUGAGAGCUCCCAUGGAGGAGUUUUGCCAAUCCUGUUUGGGGUGCAUAGAUCCUCUCUCUCCCAGUUUGUCUUCAUCAUCUCCACAUGUGUCUGUGGUACCCAGUGAGCUGCUGUUUAAUCACAAAACGUCCUCCUCCUUCUCUGCUUCAUCAGCUUUCUCUAAGUCUGUCUCCGUCACCAACCACACCGCAGGGAAACUCAGCCUGAUGUGGACCAUUGCCCAGAAUUCUCCAUUCACUGUCUCCCCCUCAUCAUGUGACCUGGCUCCACUGAAGUCUACUUCAUUCAUAGUGAUGUAUAACCCCAAGCAGCCCAAUACCCUGCAUGGAGCACAGCUUGAGUGCUUUGCAUACUAUAAGAACAGUCAUCACAAAGGUGAGCAGCUGCUGUGCCUGCCCUGGUGUGUGACCGUCAGAGUCACUGGCCACUCCUUUCAGCCAGGCAAGGAGCACUUCGCGCCAUGCUGCUCCCUGAAACCUCCUCGAGUGGUCUUUCCAGCCCUGAAUGCUCCUUCCUAUAAGACAGUGCUCCUCCAGAAUAUUGGGGAUCUGCCUCUUACUUUCUGUUUGGACCAUAGCUCAAACCCUGCCCUGUCAGAAUCAGUGUCUGUAACUCCAAACAGUGGCCUGAUCCACCCUGCUGAUCACCAAAUUCUCACCCUCAGAACAACUCGCACAGAAGACAGUCCCAAAGAGGGGUUUAUUUUAAAGCUGCAGCUCAAUGCAGCUAAACACACAGAGGAACUGACAAUUGUCAGUGUGGUGGAAAAGCUGUGUAUGUCUCUGGGUGGAGACAGCAGUUUAUAUUUCCAGCCAACAGCUGUGGGCUCACGAGCACAGCGCUCCCACCACAUCAGGAAUCUCAGCCUUGUACCUCUACGGUUCCAGUGGAGCAUUCCUGAGUCAGACCAGGACAUUAUCUUUGUUGAACCAAAUGCUGGUGAACUGCAUCCCAAUGAGAGCUCAGAGCAGACAUGGUUCUUCAGUCCGCUAGAAGAGAAAACAUACACAGUCAAACCUAUUCUCACCUUCUGGCCAACCCAGACUGAUGGAUGGAACAAGUCACACCUUACUCUUACAGUGGUGGGAAUGGGCUCUACAGGCUUCAUAAAGGCAGAGAGAGCAGUUGUGGAUGUUGGAGAGACUCAGGUUGGAAGUUACCGCUCAAUUGAAGUUCCUUUAGUGAACGGCAGCCCUUGUCCUGUGUCCUUCUGCCUCUCUGUAAAGCAGAUCCUUUUGGAAGAGGGACUUAUUUAUGACUCUGUGACUGAGCCAAGUGGUCUAAAGCUGGACUGUGAGAGGGGAACCAUCGCCUCGCAUUGCACAAUGCUGCUCCGAGCAAUUGUCAAACCACAGAGGCGAGCCCAGUACUUGUGGACUAUCAACUACCACACACUGAAUGCCAGAGGGUUUAUGUCUUCCCCUCCUCAGGCAGUGUGUGAAGUACGAGCUAAAGGUGUGUUCCCCACUAUACAGGUGAUUGAUGUGUGCAGUGGUGGCAGUGUAUGCAGACUCGGCAAGGUGCAUCUAUGGAAGCUCUUCUCAUUGGACAGCUUCAACAAACACCUGCUGUCCAACCCCUCCCCUGAAGAGCUCACUUAUAGAACCCCCACCAGGCACAGUCUGCGCAGUUGUCCUUCCAUCUUCACCGAAACAAUGCUGGAUAUUAACUUCAGUGCCGCUCCCUUGAAUUCAGAUCCUUCCAUUUUUGUACUGAUGUUUCACAACCCUGGCUCCAUCCCUGUAGACUGGGCAUUCUUGUUUCCAGAGGACCAACGCAUAGAGUUGGAAUAUUGGGCAGAGAUAGGAGAGUACAGCAGCACUGAGCUGCACCAGAUGAAGGUUCAAGACAACCGUCUGUUCAGCAUAUCUCCUCGUUCUGGAACUUUGCACCCAGGCCAGCAGAGGGCAGUGCACUUCAGCUACAGCCAUGACUUUGUUGGGACAGAUCGGUUUCCUGUCGUGUUGAAAGUCUCUUAUGGCAGAGAGAUAUUGCUGAACUUCCAGGGAGUGACACUGCAGAGAGACAGACCAUAUCUCCACUUUGCCUCCAAUCGACACGUCUUCACCUCUGUAACUAUUGGGGAUUGCAGUCCUCCGAAGCAGGUGUAUGAAUUACACAAUGCUGGUGCAUUGCCAGUCCAUUAUGUAGUGGACACAACCGUGUUGUCACAGAUUCAGGUGGACAACUUUAACCAUCCAGUGCUGUGCUGCCUUAAUCCAGAGGGACAGGUCCUACCUGGGGAGACAGCCAUGCUGGAAUGGAUCUUCUCUCCACUGGAGGCUAAGAUGUACCACAUGGAGGUUCCUAUCCAUAUCCAAGAUGGGGACUCAACACUGGUGAGGUUUGAGGGAAGUGGACUUGAAACUCUAAUAAUGGGCUGUUCAAACCAGUUUAACUGCACAGAGGCUAAGGCACCUGUACCCUGUGUCCAGAGGGUGCCCUUCCUAGGACAGGUGGUAUUUCUGUCUGAGGACAGCAUCCCUCUAGGUGACAUCCCUGUGUGCUCCCAGGCUUCAAGAAUCUUCUUUCUUACCAAUGUGUCUCUCACAGACACAGUUCAUUACAUAUGGGACCUGCCCCAGCAGAGCAACCAGCAGGUGGUGCAGAUCCGUCCGGAGCGAGGCAGUCUCUGUCCAGGGGAGAUUGCUCUUUGUGUUCUUACCUUCACUUCUACCGACUACCCCACUGUGUAUCAGCUAGAUCUGAUCUGUCAGGUUAUUCAGGAAGCAGCACUGGUUCAAUAUCAAGAUGCUUUGCAGCGUUGGAAGGAUGAGAGAGUGAGACAGGAAGAUGAAUUUAUAGUCACAGAUAAAAACCUUACAGAGAGUCAAAGAGUUUUGACAGAUAAGGAAUCUCCACUUAGAAAAGGGCCAUCACUCAGGAAAUAUAAGACUCUUCCUCCUAUCAGUGCCAGUAGUAGUUGUAAAACAGUGGGCACCAUAUGUGAGAAGCUAACAAAGGUUGAACGGCGGGCAUAUCGAGAAACUGUUAAUGUAUGGAGGCAGCCUGAGCUUCCUCAACCUGCCCUGCUGCAUCUGUGGGUUACAGCACACUCCCACAGUGUUCAGGAGUACCUCACACACCUUCCUGACCAGUUCAAUAAGAUUUAUAGGUGCCUUCAGUCAGUCAAGCCCCAGAAGCCUGAAACCACUUGUUCAAGCACAUCCCUCAAUGUUGGGCUGCCUCCACCAGCACUUGGCCCUGGGAAGGACAUCCUUCAGCACAUACUCACCUCCCUGCUAUGGAACAUACUUACUGAUUCAGCCGUCAUCACCUACCAGCCAGCAGAAUGUUCUCCCUUCCACUGCCCCUCAUCUCCAUCUUCCCUCCACCACCCUAUCUGUCCCACACAUUUUUCUCUGCCAAAACCUCAACCUCAGGUUCUGCUGAGUGGGACAAAGGUUGGAGUUAAUGAAGAGCACCACACAGAGGACAGGGAGGGAACUGCAGGGUGUCUGGAAAACAGGCUCCAAACACAGAACACACAGUCUGCUGAACGUGUGCCUGCUGACAUUAGUAAAUAUGUUUUGCUGAACACCCUCCAGAACCUGAUGAUGGAAGCUGUCAGAGGAGAACUUGUUCUUACAGCACACCCACGCUUUGCAACCUUGCCACCAGCUUUUACCAGUAGAACUGGGAGGAUGCCUGGAGCCAUGGCUAAGGAGGGGAGAGAUCAUUUUGAAAGUAAAAAGGAAACUACUGCGACUUAAUUUGGAGCCUCACCAUCUACCCAACAUCCAAGAAAUCAAUUUCUCUGUUUUUUAAAUCCCACCUCUUCUUUUCCACAUUGUGUUUCUGUUUCUCCACCAUCUUUAUUAAUGUUUCUUCUUCCUAGCCCUAGGCCUUUGCACUUAUUGUGCUUCAUAUAUGCUUUUUGUGUUGACAAGACUAUAGAGGAGCAUAGUUUCAUGUGUUUACAUCCAAAUUCACUGGAGGGAUGGUUGAUUUGUACAGCAACUUCGGGAUCAAUUAUUAAAAGACACUGAGGAAUCUUUGAUUAAACUUGUGAAGUUAU